AUGCGUCGCGCCAUUUUUGUUCUACCUCUACUCUUGCUGGCCAAUCCAGUAUCAGCGGUGACAUGGUACUUCCUCCGGUACUACCCCGCGUCAGGUCAGAAGUUCACCUCUUUCUCGGGCGAGAUGGUGAUCCCAUCACUACCGCGCGCGGGCGUUUACUACCUCUGGCCAGGCUUGCAGCCAACCGAUAACUCUGGCGUGUAUCAAAACGUUCUCGAUGGCCGGAGCGGAACAUGGUGGCUCGGCUCCGGGUGGUGCUGCUCCAACCCGAGUCUCCCUUGGGGUGGCGGCUUCAACACGUACGGCGGGGAGACGAUUUCGUUCCAGAACACCCUGAAAUCGGAUAAUUCGGCGUGGACCAGCACUGUGACGAGGCAAACUGGAGGUCAGGUUGUCACCAAUGACUUCGCCUUGGACCUCCACUGGCAGUUCAGAUUCAAGUUGGUGCACUAG